UGCUCAGCCAAGCCCGAUCCAGAGGUGGAAGCUCUGAUGAGAUUCACAGUGACUUCUACUUGUCAGGACUCUAUUCAGAGAAGGGGCCCAGGUUUCAGCAACUGAAGCAGACACACAAGAAGGAGGGAUAUAUGAAAGGUGCUCACUUAAAGAUCUAAAGGUAAUUCAGCUUGUUUUUGCUACCCUUCUUCCCAUCAGCACCAGCUCUCACCCUGGAGAGAAAUUUUAGCCUGGUUUUGUACUCUGGACAGUUAAAAUCACUUGGUGCUGUGAAGACAGAUCCACACCAAACAGUAAAGACUUUUCUGCUGUAGUUUUUGUCUCUCUUUGAGGAUUCCAAUUCCCAUGAAUGGGUGAGGGGGCUGAUUCUGGAAGGGUAGUGGUGAUGUUUCUUUCCCUCUAAGUGGUUCUUUUCUACUGUCCUCACAGAGUCUCCAAGAGGAGAAUGGCAACCAAGAACUCUUCUGUGACAGAGUUUAUCCUAGCAGGCUUAACAGACCAGCCGGGACUCCAGGUCCCUCUCUUCUUCCUGUUUCUCUGCUCCUAUGUGAUCACUGUGGUGGGAAACCUGGGCUUGAUUACUCUGAUUGGGCUGAACUCUCACCUGCACACACCCAUGUACUUUUUUCUCUUUAACCUCUCUUUAAUAGAUUUCUGUUACUCCACUACCAUCACCCCAAAAAUGCUGAUGAGUUUUGUCUCAAAGAAGAACAUCAUCUUGUACACAGGUUGUAUGACUCAGCUGUUUUUCUUCUGCUACUUUGUUGUCUCUGAAUGCUUCAUUUUGUCAGCAAUGGCAUAUGACCGCUAUGUUGCCAUCUGUAAACCAUUGGUGUACAUGGUCACCAUGUCUCCACAGGUUUGUUUUCUCCUUUUGUUAGGUGUCUAUGUGAUGGGGUUUUCAGGGGCUAUGGCUCAUACAGGAAGCAUAGUAAGUCUGACUUUCUGUGCUGACAACCUUGUCAAUCAUUUCCUGUGUGACAUCUUUCCUCUCCUCGAGCUCUCCUGCAACAGCACGUAUGUGAAUGAGCUGGUGGUAUUUAUUGUUGUAGCCAUUGGCAUUGGAAUGCCUGUUGUCACCAUCUCCAUCUCUUAUGCUCUAAUACUUUCCAGCAUUCUCCAUAUUCGCUCCACUGAAGGCAAGUCUAAAGCCUUUAGUACCUGCACCUCCCACAUAAUCGUGGUUUCUCUUUUCUUUGGUUCUGGGGCUUUUGUGUAUCUUAGACCACCUUCCUCUUUGUCUCUUGAUCAAGGGAAAGUGUCCACCUUGUUCUAUACCAUUAUGUCACCCAUGUUAAACCCAUUAAUCUAUAGCUUGAGGAACAAGGAUGUCAAAGUUGCCCUGAGGAAAACCUUGAGGAGAAAAACAUUUCCAUGAGAAAAGAGCAGCCUUUGAGAAAGGAGAUAUAAUGCUUUUCUUACCAGUGUGUGUACAUGUUUUCAAUGAGUUGUCCAAGUU